UAACAGGAAGUGCUGCCGUGCAGACGCCCAUAUGUCACAAGUAUUUAUUUUGUUUGGAAGACGAUAUUGUCUUCUAUUUUUUAAUAGCCACGGUUAAUAAAAUGAAGCAAAACGUCCUGUAAAGUUGCAGGCAUCGAGUUGAAAGGAAAAAAUGCCGUCUUCACUGCUGUUGUAUCCCUUCCUACUGUUGCCGACCUUCGGACACGCGUCGGCGCCGCUGGUCAUCAACACAUGGAGCUUCGAGAAUGCGACCAUUGCAGCCUGGGCGGUCCUACAGUCCGGUGGCUCGGCGUUGGACGCCGUGGAGAAGGGGUGCGCUCGCUGCCAAGAGGAGCAGUGUGACGGCAGCGUGGGUUACGGCGGCAGUCCGGACGAAAGAGGGGAGACAACGCUGGACGCCAUGAUCAUGAACGGCAACACGAUGGAGGUGGGCGCCGUCGCCGACCUGAGGAGGAUCAAGAAUGCCAUCGGGGUAGCGAGAGCAGUGAUGGAGCUCACCCAGCAUACCAUGCUGGUAGGAGAGUCGGCGACGGUGUUUGCGGAGAACAUGGGCUUCAUGGCCGAGGACCUGAGCACCAUCAAGUCUGUGGAUAUGUUCACACAGUGGCUGAAGGGCAACUGCCAACCUAAUUACCGCAAGAAUGUAUUCCCAGACCCAUCUAAAUCCUGUGGACCUUACAAACCUGCUGCCAUUCUGGGACAGAAGAAAAAGGAGCAGCAUACUAAUAUUGGCUCUCAUGACACCAUAGGUGUGAUCGCAUUUGAUCAACACGGUCACGUAGCUGCGGGGACGUCCACUAACGGGCUCACUCACAAAGUUGCAGGUCGCGUUGGAGACUCUCCUAUAGUUGGAUCGGGAGCCUACGCCGACAGCGAGGCCGGCGCUGCCGCCGCGACCGGUGAUGGAGACGUCAUGAUGCGCUUUCUACCGAGUUACUUGGCGGUGGAGCUGAUGAGAGCCGGGACGGAUCCCUCGGCAGCCUGCAAGAUGGCUAUUUCCAGGAUUAAGAGGCAUUACUCCGAGUUCUUCGGGGCGAUCAUCUGUGCGAACACGACAGGCCAUUAUGGUGCAGCGUGCAACAAGGUCCCUGGCCUCACCCAGUUUCACUACAUGGUGUCAAACGCAGAGUCCAAUGUGCCACUCCUGAAGUCUGUGGACUGCUUUUAAUUUUGUUUUUAUGACACUAUGUACCACGGAUCCACGUUGCUGCAGUUUGAUAAAUGAUUGUGCUUUUUGUAAUUGAUUUAAACCUUUAAUAAAUGUGUAAAAACAUAUGUCAAUCAUAUUAA